UUGAACAUGGAGCACUCAGAGCACAACCAAACUUCAGGCAUGAAAAGUGUAAAUCAGGCGGAUAUUUUACGGGACUUUCAAGUGUCGUUUUUCGCUAUGAGUCGUCUGGUUUCAUUGCCCUGGACCUAUUUGGAAAAAGACCUUGAAAGCCACAAAUCGUCAGACCUGAUUUCUGAAAUCCUAAAACAGACGUGCCUUCACUCUUUGUGCCGUAAGUUUCCACCAUCAGCGAAAUACAGGAAGCUGUUCCUCUCAGAGAUCAUUAGACGGCAGGAGGCUGCAGGCUGUGAUCCUCUGGACGAGUUGUACGACGCCCUGGCUGAAGUGGUGGGAGCAGAAGACACGACAGAGUGCUACAAGAGCUACUUACUGCCCAGUGGUGAUGCUGUCAGCCUGCUGGAAAACGUAGCUCUGAUCUCAGACGGGACCACCGGCCUGGUGACCUGGGAGGCUGCUCUCUACCUGGCAGAGUGGGCUCUGGAUCACCAGCAAGCCUUCACCGGCAGGACCGUUCUGGAGCUGGGCAGCGGCGUGGGGUUGACUGGCAUCACCAUCUGUCGUUCCUGCAGCCCGGAAAGAUUCGUCUUCAGCGACUGUCACCCGAGAGUCCUGCAGAAGCUGAGAAACAACGUUCAGCUGAACGGUCUGACAGAGCAGACGUCUCCUGCAGUCAGUGUGGAGGAGAUGGACUGGACGAUAGCGACAGAGGAACAAAUCAAACAGAUCGGGGCGAGCAUCGUCAUCGCUGCAGAUGUGGUGUACGACCCCGAUGUUGUUGGAAGUCUGGUGAAGCUGCUGUCCAAGAUCAUGAGGUGUUCGUCUCCUGGAGUCCGCCCUGAGGUCCUCAUCUGCUCCACCAUAAGAAACCAGGAGACGUACAGCGGCUUCAAGCAGCAGCUCGAAAAAGCAGGAGUCAGCCAUGAGGUGAUGACAGGAGCCGUCCGCCACAUGUUUCCUUACAACAGAGUCUCUGCAAUAGAAAUGAUUAAACUGUACAGGUGAUACAACUGUAGCACAAUAAAGAUUUUAUUUACAAAUAUA